AUGGAGGGUAGAGCGUUGGUAUGGUUUCAGGAGUUACGUAGUGGAAAUGGAUUAACCACUUGGAAUGAGUUUCUUAAGGCUCUCCAAGCUCGGUUUGGUACCGGAUCAUAUGAUGAUCAAAUGGAAACUUUGGUUAAGUUGAAACAGACCGGUAGUGUUGAAGAAUUCAAAUCUAAAUUUGAGACUCUAGCCAAUCGUGUGCAUGAUUUGGCUGAACACUUGAAAUUUAGUUGUUUUUUGGGAGGUUUAAAGGAUGAAAUCCGUCUUCCUACUUCUCGGAUUGUUAAUAGCUCUUUUAGUCCUAAGUUGCCUUUGACUGGAGGCAGUAGGUAUGUUGGGGAAAGUAGUAAUGCCGGAGGUGCUAGUAAAGCAUUGGUACUAGUGCUAAAGAUAUCCCAGGCUCAAAUGGAGGAAAGGCGUCGAAAAGGCCUUUGUUAUUCAUGUGAUGCCAAGUGGUCUAUGGGUCAUGUCUGUGAGGGUGGACCAAAGCUCUUUUUGUUAGAGGAGAUGGAAGAGGUAAAGGAUGUUGAUCCUGCUUCUUUGGUGGUUGAAGAACUGGUUAGCAAUGCAGAUAACACGGAGACAGAUCCAGAAAUCUCCCUAAAUGCAAUCACUGGAACACCGACACCCAAGACAAUGAGGCUAAUUGGUCUGAUGCCUAAAAGUGAGGAAGUGAUUCGGGUUAAGGUGGCUAAUGGGCAGGAAAUUGUGAGUUCAGGAAGAAAUGAUGGUGUGCCCCUUAAAUUGCAAGGUACUCAGUUUCACAUUGAUUUCUUUCUGCUUCCCUUAGCUGGUUGUGAUGUGGUGCUAGGGAUACACUGGCUGAGAAUUUUAAGACCCAUAUUGUGGGAUUUUACAGCCCUCACUAUGGAAUUCACCUAUAUUGAUUCUGGUCCUCUAGCUGACCUUUUGCAAAAAUAUGCAGCUGUGUUCCAGGAACCAAAGUAUCCUUUCUACCAAAAGGAGGAGAUUGAAAAGAUAGUUAAGGAGUUGUUACAGGCUAGGGUCAUUCGGCCUAGUAAUAGUCCUUUUUCUUCUCCUGUGUUGUUGGUUCGGAAGGCUGAUGCCAUAUGGCGCAUGUGCAUGGAUUAUAGAUCCUUAAAUAAGGUCACAAUUAAGGAUAAAUUUCCUAUUCCGGUGGUGGAUGAGUUGUUGGAUGAAUUGUGGGGUGCUCGGGUGUUUUCUAAGCUGGAUCUUCGAUCUGGUUAUCACCAGAUUCGAGUUGUGGAAAACGACAUACCUAAGACAGCCUUUCGGACCCAUGAAGGCCACUAUGAAUUUUUGGUGAUGCCUUUUGGCUUAACCAACGCACCCUCUACUUUUCAAUCCCUUAUGAAUCAUGUGUUUCGGCCUUACCUCAGGAAGUUCAUUCUUGUAUUCUUCGAUGAUAUAUUGGUGCAUAGUCUGGAUUCUCAGUCACAUUUAGGCCACCUUGAGAUUACUUUGUCUCUACUUCAGCAACAUCAGCUUUUUGCUAAGUAG